AGCCAUGGCACACAAAUUGACUGAUGAGAAAAUACUUUACGAGUUUCAACCUUCCGAAGACGAAAAAGCCGUGGUAUAUGACAUUCAAAAAUACAACGGUCCAAGAAACAGUCGUCUUGAGCCCCAUGGUGAAGGUAGAGCAAAAUUUGCAAAUGGAGGCCGCUAUGAUGGUUGUUUCCGCAAGGGUAUACUGCAUGGAAAAGGACGUUUGGUACUGCAAGACUGCUACCGUUACGAUGGCCAUUGGUAUAAAGGUCUGAAACAUGGUAUGGGACGAAUGUAUUACCCGGAUUGUUCCCAGUAUGAAGGAGAAUUUCGAAAGGAUCAACGACACGGUUUCGGGAAGUAUCUCUAUCCGAACGGGGCACGCUACGAAGGGAAUUGGUUCAAGGAUCAUCGACAUGGUGUUGGAUGCUACAUUUUUAGCGGGAGUAAUGUGAUCUUGAAAGGCAGCUGGAUUGCUAGCGUUGCCAAAGGUCCUGCUGAAGUGAUUUUCGAAGAUUGCCGAUUCCAUGGAUACUGGGACGGAGAUCAUCCAAGGGGACCCGGUUGUUUUACUUUCGAUGCAAAAGCUAUGGUCAAGGGAAAAUUUUAUGUCGAAGAAAAGGAGGGUAGUGAUUUAAAGGUUUUGAUGUGGCAACCGGAAGCGAUCGAAAAGUACGAAUACUCGAAGCUACCGCUGGAACCACUCCCAUUACCAGUGGAUGAAUCGGAUGUAUCAGAAAUGAGCUCAUCUGAUGACGAUGAAUGUGGAUCGUAUGGUUCAUCUCUUGUUUUGACUGAAUAA